GAUUUAGACUGACUGAUUGAUGGAUGAAUAAGAAGCGCCCAAUUUUGGCAGAGUUUUGACACGCUUUGGAGAAAAGGUAAGAAGGUAAUUAUAAAACUUUUAAAAGACGGACGUUCUGACAGACAGUGCUUCAGAGUAGGCACAGCCGUGGUGAGGCGGCAGGUGAGGGAACGACGACGAGGUACGGUGGAAAGCAUACGGCGGAGAGCGCACCGCGGGGACCGGACCACGACGAGCGGACGGCGGAGAGCGCACCGCGGGGACCGGACCACGACGAGGUGAGGACGGCGGAGCGGGCCGGAGCACGCGGAACGGUUCACGGAGGUCACAGCAACACGCGGGGCGGGGAUUCCCGGACUGUCCCAAGCACCGGGAUCGUUUUUUUUACCCUGGCCUAAUCUCAUCACUUGUUUCAAGCAAAUCAUGUCACGGAGAACCACUCCCCUUCAGGAUGCCAUUAAUCACAUCCUUGCAAGAAGAGACAAGAAUUCAAUGUUAGAAAUCAAAUUUAUUAAUUCAGUUAAAGGUCGUGGCAUCUUCACUUUAGCCAAUUUCAAACAAGGAGACUUUGUGGUCAAGUAUAGAGGGGAGCUUAUUGAUGCAACUGAAGCUGAACACAGACGUAACCUGUACCCCAGCGCAUGUUCAGUCUUCAUGUUUGAAUUCAUAUGGAAGCAGAAGACAUUGUGUAUUGAUGGAGCACUUGAAGAUGGGUCAUUUGGGCGACUAGUAAACGAUGAACACAGGACACCAAAUUGCAGAAUGAAGUUGAUUGAAGCAGAAGGGAAGCCACAUCUCUGCCUUUUUGCACUGAAGGAAAUUGCGGCAGGAAGUGAAAUUACUUAUGACUAUGGUGGGAAAGAAUGGCCCUGGCGGAAAAAGCUAAAGAUCGCAAGCAUCCCUUCUGGUCAACAGUGUGUUGCAGAGCCUAUUGCCCAUGACGUGGAGCACCAUGUGAUCUCUACAGACUCAUUCACAGACAGAGAAUUAAGAGCAGAGUGUCAGUCAUCUAGACCUACAGCAGACAACUCUGAGCAUGAGGUGCAUUCUGUUGGAGGUCAGCAUGGCACUUCUUCUCUGAAAGAGUUAAUUGGUGAAGUUGGUGUCCAGUAUCAGGAGUUGUCACCCCAAGCGUUCUCAGAAGAACUUACCAGUGAGAGCAAAUCGAAAGAGGUGCCACGAUCAUCCAGAGCUGUGCCUAAUGACUCUGCUUGUGAGUGUACAAUUCAUAGGCUGGUAUUUGAAUCGGUGAAACUUGACAAAUGCGGGAUAUGCCAUUCACCUUUGACAGCUAUCAGAUGGCACGGUCUAAGAUGCAAGCAAUGCCGUUGUGUGUGGCAUAAGAUCUGCCUCCAGACAUCUUCAGAAGACUGGGAUAUGUCCGACGGUGAUGUCUCAUCUGAUGAAGAAUACAUCCCAAAUUCUGCAUCAGAUUCAGAAAGCUCAGGAACAGAGUUGUCUAUUGAGUUACCUGGACCAUCAAAAAACUCCCAUGCUGCUAGCAUGCCUGAUUUAUGCGUUACUUUUGCUGAAAAAGAACAGACCAUGGAUGUUAAAAACAACUUUGAGCACAUUUUGAAUGAUCUUGAAACUACUGAUGAUCUUCAUCCCGACCAAGAACCAGACAGCUCAGAGUCAUGCCAGCAGAAAACAAAAGAUGCAUGUAGCGAAAAGAGUACUGUGGAUAUUAGCCAAAAUGAAUCCCCAACCAAGUCAACAAAAUUAAUCAAAAGCACAGUCAAUUUUUGUUUUGCGUGUGGAAAACCUCAAACAAAAUUUGCACGUCAUCUGGAGACGCAUGUAAAUGAAAAUGCUGAAGUCGUCCAGGUGCUUCAGUUACCCAAAUCAUCAAAGGACAGAAAAGUUCAUCUUGAAAGGUUACGAAACCUUGGUAACUUCAAGCACAACUCUGCUGUUAAAACCACAGGAUCAGGUUGUCUUAAAGUGAAAAGGAUCUCAAAAAGAGCAGCAGCAGCGCUGAGACAUACUGAAUACUGCUUAUACUGUAAGGGUAUGAUAUCCAGAAAAGAAGUUUCUCGGCAUAUGAAAAGAUGUGCUUUAAGACCAGAGAAUAAUGCUGAAGAGAAGCUGAAAGAUAGUCUUUGGUAUAGCAUCUACUCAAUCCACAAUGUCUCAGCCAAUUUCAAGUGA